AAGCAUUGUGAUUGGCUAGUGAAACGUCGGCUGAUGCCGAAGACUACUCGAGAAUGAAUGUUCAUUCUGAAUCGGCUUAGUGGAAACGUUCGGACACUUGUUACUCUUUGAACUCAAGCGAACGGCAAAUUAUUUUCUAUAUUGUUCAUAUUGAUCAAUUAUUAAAAUGAGUAAACCGGUUGCAGAUAUUGCUCUUAUUGGUCUGGCUGUAAUGGGCCAAAAUUUAAUUCUUAAUAUGAAUGAUCAUGGAUUUGUUGUAUGUGCAUAUAAUCGUACAACAGAUAAAGUUAAAUCUUUUUUGCAAAAUGAAGCAAAGGGUACAAAAGUUGUGGGUGCCUAUUCACUGAAAGAAAUGGUGGAGAAAUUAAAAUCACCAAGGAGAGUAAUGCUUCUAGUUAAAGCUGGUCCUGCCGUGGAUGCAUUUAUUGAACAAUUAGUGCCCUUACUAUCUCCUGGUGAUAUCAUAAUUGAUGGUGGUAAUUCUGAAUAUCAAGAUACUGAGAGACGAACUAAUGAUUUAGACAAGAAUGGAAUUUUAUUUGUUGGUAGUGGUGUCAGUGGAGGAGAAGAAGGUGCUAGAUAUGGACCAUCUUUGAUGCCAGGCGGAAACCCAAAAGCCUGGCCACAUAUUAAAGAUAUCUUUCAAUCGAUUUGUGCAAAAGUCAAUGGCGAACCUUGUUGUGAUUGGGUUGGAGAAACUGGCGCAGGACAUUUUGUAAAAAUGGUACACAAUGGUAUUGAAUAUGGAGACAUGCAACUUAUUUGUGAAGCAUAUCAUAUUUUGCGAAAUGGUUUGAAACUUAAUCCAGAAGAAAUGAGUCAAGUCUUUGAUGAGUGGAAUAAAGGAGAAUUAGAUUCUUUCUUAAUUGAAAUCACUAGUAAUAUUCUUAAAUAUAAAGAUGAGAAGGGUUAUUUACUUGAACGAAUUAGAGACACAGCUGGUCAAAAAGGAACUGGAAAAUGGACAGCCAUUGCUGCAUUAGAUUAUGGAGUUCCAGUAACACUAAUUGGAGAAUCAGUAUUUGCCAGAUGUCUUUCAGCUCUGCAAAGUGAAAGAGUAGAAGCAAGUUCCAUAUUAAAAGGUCCAGAUACUGUGUAUACAGGUGAUAAAAAACAAUUUCUGACGCACUUAAAGAACGCCCUUUACGCAUCAAAAAUUAUUUCCUAUGCUCAAGGAUUUAUGCUACUAAGAGAAGCUGCCAAAGUUCACAAUUGGAAUUUGAAUUAUGGUGGUAUAGCAUUAAUGUGGCGAGGAGGGUGUAUUAUAAGGAGCGUUUUCUUGGGAAAUAUAAAAGCAGCAUUUGAUAAAAAUCCAAAGCUUUCUAAUCUGUUAUUAGAUGAUUUCUUUGCUAAUGCAAUGAAAGAUUGUCAAGCUAGUGCUAGAGUAGUAGUAUCAACUGCUGUGCAACUUGGCAUACCAACCCCUGCUUUGUCAACUGCUCUAGCUUUCUAUGAUGGCUUUAGAACUUCAAGACUUCCAGCAAAUUUACUUCAAGCUCAACGAGACUAUUUUGGUGCUCACACUUAUGAAUUACUUGGUGCAGAAGGAAAAUUUGUACAUACAAAUUGGACAGGGCAUGGUGGUAAUGUCUCUGCUUCUACAUAUGAUGCAUAGAAAUGAUUUCUUUUUAUAAUUUAUAAUGAGAGAAUGUUUAUACAAGAUGAACUUGAAAUUGAUUUUAUGAUUGAUAAAUAUUUUAUUGUAUGUUAUACAUUGUAAUGUAUAAAUGGUUGUGAGACAUUGUUGGGAACAAUUAAUGAACAAAUAUUCAUAUUGAAGAAAAUAAGAGUACUUUUGUUUACAAAUAAUAUAUCAUCUAUAUUUCUAUA